UUAGAUUCGUUGAAACACUUUUUCAGUUUCCGAAUUUCUUCAGAAUUAAUGAGCUCAAUGACUACUACGAGAAAGGAACUUCCAUUGGGAGAUAUCACGCAGCAAAUGGCCACGUUUCGUGUGAGUCAGAACUACCAUCUUAGCAGAAAGCCAUUGCGAACCCAAAAUAGAGCUCCUCGAGGUGAAAAUCAAGAAAAUAUAGACCCGGUGAAGAAACACGUGAGAAAUAUUGAUGCGGAAGAUGCAGACAAAUUCCAAUUCUGUAGCACGUACGUGAACGAUGUGUUUUGGUACGCUUUUAAAACAGAAGGUAACAGUAUUGUCCCCAGUAACUACCUCGACGAUCAUGUUGUAACUCCUCGAUUCAGAGCCAUCUUAAUCAACAGAUUAGUGGAAGUACAUGACAAGUUCAGGUUAUCGCCUGAAGUUAUUUACCUCACUGUGAACUUCGUCGACAGGUACCUGUAUGCUACACCCGAAGCUACUAAGAAGCAACUACACGCCAUAGGGGUAACAGCCAUGUUACUGGCUUGCAAGGUUGAAGAGGUUUCGGUACCUGCGGUGGGAGAUUUUGUGUACAUUACAGAUCAUGAGGCCUCAAAAGACGAGAUCAUGGCUCUAGAAGUGGACAUUUUAAAGAAGCUGAAAUGUGAUGUAAUGCCAAUGCAUGCUUUGUUUUUCCUGAGGCGCUUCAGUAAAGCGGGCGAUGUUGCUCCUAAGAAGCACUGUAUUGCGAAGUACAUAAUCGAGCUGUCGUUUGUAGAGAUUGCGUUCACACAAGUUUUGCCAUCCAAAGUGGCGGCCUGUGCUUUGUAUUUGACCCUAAGGUUAGCGGCUGUAUCUAGCUAUGCUAACUGCUGGGAUUCGACGUUGGAGCAUUACAGCACCUAUUCGGAAGCGGAUUUGGUCGACACGGCGGUUGAGAUGCUGGAGUUGGUGAAAAAUGCGGGAAGGUCGAGUUGUAUGGCUGUACAUAACAAGUACAAGCAAAGUAAGUGCAACAAGACAGCUCUUUACCCAGAAGUUUCGAGAGAAAAUGCACAGAAAUUGGCGUUGAGGAUGAAGUGAAACUAUGAAGCUGAUGCUCGCAAGUUGAUUUUAACUCCAGAUCCUGAUGUCGAUUCCAGAUCAAUCCAACUGCAGUAGAUUAAUGCCCGCUAAUUAUCAUAAACUGAUUUAGCUUGUUUCUUGAACUAUUUAGCUGUACAUUAUAUUUCGCGUGGGUUGUGAUGUGAUUUUUGAGUGAUUUUGAUUAAGUGUCAAUGAACGAAUUGAGUUUUUUGAUUUUUCGCGGUGUUACUUUUGAAUCUGAAACGUAAUUGACUUUUUCGAAGAUUAAAUUUUAAGAUUUCCCUAUUG